CUGCAGUUUGUGAUGGAAAAUAUAUGUUGACUGAUUCCUCUGGGUUUUUCCACUCUAUGAAUUUUCCAAAACCAUAUAAUGCAAAUAUUGUUUGCCAAUGGAUUAUACUAGUGCCUCAAGGAUUAUCCAUUAAAUUGAACUUCACUUCUUUUCAUACACAACAAUAUGCAGACAAUUUAGAUAUUUUUGAAGGUAAAGGAAAAAAAAAGAUUUUAAGAGCUUCUCUGUCAGGGACUAAUCCUGAGACAAUUUACAUUUUUUCUCAUGAGGCUACAGCAGAAUUUAUAUCCGAUUAUUCUGAAAAUUACAAUGGCUUUAACGCAACAUACACUACAUUUAAUGCAAAUGAACUAAACAAUUAUGAUAAAGUCAAUUGCACUUUUGAAGAUGGCUUUUGUUACUGGAUACAAGAUUUAGAUGACGAUUCAGACUGGGAGAGAGUUCAGGGCCCUACCUUUCCCUUUAUGAGUGGUCCUGAUUUUGAUCAUACAUUUGGCAACCUGUCAGGGUUUUAUAUUUCCACACCCACAGGACUUGGAUUCGGAGAAGAGAGAGUCCGGAUUCUGAGUUUGCCUUUGGUCUUUUCAGAUCCAUUCUGCCUAAGCUUUUGGUAUUUCAUGUACGGUCCUAACGUUUACCGUUUAAGAGUUAGCAUAAGUAAUGAGGACGGUUUGGAAAAGAUCAUUUUCCAGAAAGAAGGAAGCUAUGGAAACAACUGGAAUUAUGGACAAGUAACUUUAAAUGAAACAUCUGAUUUUAAGGUUAUUUUUGAUGCUUUUAAAAAACGUGGUGCCAGUGAUAUCACCUUGGAUGACAUUAGCCUGACUAAAGGAAAAUGUAAUGAAAGUAUUUACAUAGAGCCAACUGUGAUUCCAGCUGUUACCACUGUCCCUUCAACUCCCACUGACUGUGGAGGGCCAGUUGAACUCUGGGAGCCAAACAGCACAUUCAGCUCUGAAAACUUUCCAAACAAUUAUCCUAAUCAAGCUUCUUGUGUGUGGUACUUAAAUGCUGAAAAGGGAAAAAAUAUUCAGCUUCAUUUUCAAGUUUUUGAUCUGGUAGAUAUUCAUGACGUAGUUGAAGUCAGAGAUGGCAGAGGACCAAAUUCCUUACUUUUGGCUAUCUAUACAGGACAAGAUCCAUUGCCAGAUGUCUUCUCUACAACAAACCAGAUGACAGUAAUCCUCCUUACAGACAAGUCUGCAACAAGGAAGGGAUUUCUUGCAAACUUUACUACUGGCUACCAUCUAGGAUCACCUAGAGCUUGUGCAAUUGAUGAGCAUCAGUGUGGUAGUGGGCAGUGUAUACCAUUGCAUAACCUUUGUGACAAUCUACCUCAGUGUGAAGAUGGCUCAGAUGAAGCAAAGUGUGUGAGACUGCUUAAUGGCUCUCUAAGCACCGAAGGGCUGGUACAGGCCAAGAUUGGGAAGACGUGGCACCUGACAUGUGCAGAUGAUUGGAAUGAACAGAUUUCAGACAGUGUUUGUCAGCUGCUGGGGUUAGGAGAACACUGUUUGAACAACCUGGUGGUUCAUCUAGAGUGCAAAAUUAAACCUUGUGGAAAACAUCUGGUAACUCAGAACAACAGAACAAAGAUUGUAGGUGGAAGUGAUGCCAGAAGAGAGGCUUGGCCUUGGAUAGUUUCACUCCAUUUUAAUUCCAGACCUUUUUGUGGAGCUUCCAUUGUCAGUGAUGAAUGGCUGGUGACAGCAGCACACUGUGUAUAUGGGAGACAAUUAAAACCAUCUCAAUGGAAAGCAGUUCUUGGCUUGUAUGACCAAUCAGAUAUGACACAGCCUUCAACAGUAGUACGAAACAUUGAUCAAAUAGUUAUAAAUCCUCAUUAUAUGAAGCAUAAAAAAGAUGGUGAUAUUGCUCUCAUGCACCUUCAAUACCAUGUGCAAUAUACAGAUUACAUACAACCUAUCUGCUUACCAGAAAAAAAUCAACAGUUUUUACCAGGAAUUAACUGCUCCAUUGCUGGCUGGGGUAGUAUUUUGAAUGAAGGUCCCACUUCAUAUAUAUUGCAAGAAGCAGAAGUUCCUCUCAUUUCAAAUGAAAAAUGCCAACAACAGAUGCCAGAAUAUAGUAUUACUGAGAAUAUGAUGUGUGCAGGAUAUGACAUAGGAGGAAUAGAUUCCUGUCAGGGAGAUUCAGGUGGCCCUCUGACAUUUGAAGAUGGUAACAAGUGGUUUUUAGUUGGUGUAACAUCAUUUGGCUAUGAGUGUGCACUUCCCAAACGACCAGGAGUGUAUGUUCGAGUCACCAUGUUUGUGGACUGGAUAAAAAAAAUCAUCUAUUAG